GUGCGGCCGUACGCCCGGCAGGCCGGCAGUCUCCAGGAGGUGAUUGCGAGCUCCAGCCCCGGCUCCAGCCCCAGCUCCAGAUACGUCCCGCCCCGGCCGCCCUGCAGCACGCGACCACGCCGCGCCACGAGUGACUUUGAACACGGAGCGUCCGGGGCAGGCCCGGCCGACACCAUGCGCGUCGUGUCCUUCCUGGUGACGCUGGCCGCGCUGGCGGCUCCUUCCGCCGGCCUGCAGCCGCACUACUACCCCAGCCCGUACGCCGCUCCCCCCGUGCAGCUGUGGUUCCUCUCGCCGGCCGAGGUGGGCGACCUGAUCUCCAGGAUCCCGCUGGCCAACUACCGGGAGGUGUCGCCCAACGCGCCGGUCGCCGCCCGCUACAACCCCGCCACCUCGCAGCCGCACCUACUGCGGCAGGAGCAGGUAGACGUGUCGCAGUUUCACACCCAGGACGGUGCGGGGCGCGCCGUGUUCGGGUACAGCACAGCAGACCAGGCCCGCGUGGAGGCGCGAUCGGGCGAUGGCCGCGUCCGCGGGUCCUACUCGUACCGCGACCCCACGGGUAAAAUCGUCAAGGUUAACUACUGGGACGACGGGGACGGCUUCCACGUGGCCGGCAAUUCCCUGCCCUCCGAGUCGGACGUGCCGGAGCAGGUGACGGAGACACCCGAAGUGGCCGCGGCCAGGCUGCACCACGAAAACAUGCACGCGCAGGCCCUGCAGGCCGCGCUUCUGGCCGGUAACGGGGAGGAGACGGACCAGACGCGAGUGGAGGGUCCCAGCGGGGACCUGCCACCGGUCUACGACGAGGACGGCACCGAGCUCAGACGCUACCCAGCACCCCAGCACGCCUCGCUGUACGACCCGAGCCACGUGCACGACGCAGACCGGGACGCCGUCAUCAUCAGCAACCCCGACCUGGAGCCGGACUCCUUCAACGACAUCCAGCUGUUCCGCGGUGUGAGGGCGCGGGCGCGCGGCUACCACCCCCGCAUGCGCACUCACACUCGAGCGCGCCGGGACUCGGAGCACGGCACGCAGACCAAGACAGACGGCUUCUUCUACAGCUUUCGGUACCCGGCACCUGUAUUGGUGGGCGUCAACCCGCCACCGUCGCAGUCCGGCCCCGUCCCCGGCGUCCAGGCGCCCGACUCGUCUCGGACGGGCCCCCCCUCCCCGGAGGAGAACCCCCUGACGCUGUCCGAGCGCGCCGUCUACUUUGGCGCCAUCCCGGUGGCCGCCGUACAUGACGCCCAGGUCGCCCCUGGACAAGAGGGUGCUCUGGCCAGCGCGCUGCAGUACUCCAGGAAGCCUGUGUACACCGAAGCCUCCCCGUGA